AUGAAUUCAACUACGGAAACUGCAAAAUACACACAGCGGCUACAGACUGACAGCGACUGGAACCACUGGUUCAACAACUUACAGAUGCUGGCAAACGUUCAUGAAGUCUGGGACUAUGUGAAUCCAAAAGGAACCAAGAUUAAUACUAAGCCAAGAUUGGAAUUCCCAGACCCAAAAGACCUCAGACAAGAAGAACGAGCAAACUAUAGCAACGUUAUCAGCUAUGGAAAAGCUAUCUAUCAAGAAGAAAAAGACCAAUACAACCAGGUUCGGCGAAGUCUUCUAGAAAUUCACAGUUGGAUCAUGAACACUGUAGCAGCCACUUAUAUCAGCCAAGUCAGCAAGGAGCAAACAGUCAGGGAUAUCAUAAAAGCUCUUGAAAAACAGCUAGCGCCAGACAACUUUGGGAGACAACAAAUGGUAUUGGAAAGAUAUAACAAGCAUAUGCUAUCAAUCAAAAGAGCAAAACUUGGAGGAUGGCUCAUAAUCUAUCGAGAAAUCAUGGAUGAAGCCCAAACAAUCGGAAUCCCUGCUCUCAGCGAUCCAGUUACUCAAGUCUCUGAGUUCUUGAAAGCAGUCAAGCAAAUUGCACCAGAUUACUACACAUCUGCCUCUUACGACUUCACAAAGCGAUACAAGGAUGACCCAACCUACAGUUCGAUCAGCAAGACUGCUGGAAUUGAGCAAGCUAACGAUUUCCGCAGUUGGGUGAGAACUUUCCACCCAGACUGGCUGAAUGCUGCUCCAUUAAAAGACACGAGUUUCGCUACUUGGCAAGGAGAAAACGAACAAGGAAUAAAACAGGGGGCAAAACGAGAGCAAAAGUGUGCAGCUUGCCCAAACGAAAGUCACCGAUUUGUUGAUUGCAAACAUGCCAACCCUAAGAAGCGAGGCCCAAACUAUCAUGAAGAUAAUCCAGAAAAUAAGAAAGCACUGGAAAGAUUGAAUGAGUAUCUCCAGAAGAAACCACACUUAAAGAGAAUAGUUGAAAAACUACGAAAAGGGGCAAGCGAUCAGCAGUCUCAAAAGUCCCCAGAUCGAGCAACAUCUUCCUCAAACUGGAGAAACACUACACAAUCAUCAUCCCACUAUACUCAAGAAGUGUCUGAUGGAGAAGGAUCACUCUCAUCUUUCGUCACUAUCGUCAAUCAAGGAGAAGCAAGUCUCUAUUCAGGAUUCCCACUGUCAGACAGUGUGAUAGUAGACUCAGGAACAGGAUUCCACAUCUGCAACGACUCCUCAAGACUUCAUGAUCUCGACUACACAGUCACAAAAGACUUCAUCACUGGAGGAGGAGAUGUACAUGCAAUUGCGAAAGGCACAAUGAUCAUCAAACCAAACCAAGGCGGCAAAUCCAACAACAAGGAGAUCAAAGUCAGAAAUGUAUGGCUUGUGCCUGGAUACCCAACAUCGCUCCUUGGGACAGAACCGCUGAAGCAAAAAGGGAUCAUCUUUACAACAGGAAUACCGGGUCUUAUCGACUCAAAAGGCAGACUUCUAUUCAAAACACCAAACCGAUAUGGUCAAUACAUUAUUGAAGCUGGCCCAGCUCUGCUGAACAAUACCUCGUUCAGCAAUACCGAGAAGACUGUGAGAUUCAGCCCAACCGUAGAAAGGAAACCAACCAAAGGUUUUCAGUCAACAAGACAACCACUCCCAACAUCAUCAGCAGAAGCCAAGUUGUGGCAUGAGAGACUUGGUCAUCCAGGCGCUGAGGGACUGGAACAGCUACUUAAAACAGCUCUUGGGAUACAGAUAAAAGGAAUCACAAAAGUGGAAUGUGAUGCCUGUGCUGUUGGGAAGGCAACUCGCCAAAUUUCCCGCAGAAACCCAGACCAUUGGCCAACUGCUGUAGGAGAUUAUCUAUCUCUCGACUUCUUUACACUUAGCAAAGCAUACAAUGGGGAGAAGGUAAUCCUGCUGGUCAGCGAUGGCUGGUCAGGGUUCUUCUGGAUAAGAACUCUUCGUACUCGAAAGGAGGGACUACAAGCUAUGACAGAAUUAGCAGCAUACCUCGAGAGACAGUGCUUUAUCAAAAUCUCUAUUCUACGCCUAGAUUGGGAGGUUGCUUUACGCAAUGCGUUUGAACUAUGGGCAGCUGUGAAUGGAUAUAUGAUUGAAAGAUCAGCUGAGUACACUGGUGCUCAAAACCCAGCAGAAAGAGCUGGAGGUGCUGUGUUUAUGAUCAUGAGAGCACUUCGAUUUCAAUCUCGCUUUCCUGAAUUGAUGGCACCAGAGCUGGCAAAAGCAGCAGUUUAUCUGUCAAACAGAUUGCCUCGAAGACGCCACAAGUGGCAGACACCAUUGGGGUUGGUCAACACUUGGCUGAACUCUCAUCAACAGUCUACCCACAAGAGGGCUGAAAAGCCACAACUAGCACACUUGAGGCGAUAUGGCUGCAGAGCUUACCCCUUGACACAAAACUACAAGAGAGGAAUAGAAAAGUCAAACAAAACUGCGCCAAGAGCUCAUAUUUGCUAUCUAUGUGGUUAUGACAGCACAAAUAUCUACAGAAUCUGGAUCCCAGCAAUAGGAAAAGUCAUGAGAACUAGAGACGUUACUUUCGACGAAAACACGCUGUAUGAUCCAAGGAUUGAGGAUACCAGCAAGUUAAGCCAAAUGGAACUUGAAUUCCAGUUCACAGAAAUGGAUAUCCCAUUCACAAAUCCAAUUGAACAAGACCUAGACACAGCUGGCUGGGAUGGAGAAGAUUUCAGCGAUAAUAUUACCGGGCCACUACCCGCCUCGAAUCCAGCCGCUCAAGAAACAACACCGGCAACACCGAUGCAGGAGAAAGAAUCAGGGGAUUUUCAAUUACCUACACCCACUUCUCUAUCACCAACAGUACAGCUGUCAGAUUCUCAAACAACUGAGGGGGUGAGGGAGACUCCAGAAACUCCAGAAGUAUCGCCAACUCCAGAACAAUCGGAUCAAAGUGAGACCAUAGAGGAAACCUCAACAGACCGACUCGAACUACAACAGACACCAGUCAUAGAAUUGGAACCAGAAGAAAUCAUACCACAAGAUUCCUCCACAGUAAUCCCAAACAUAGCGAGAAGGGGAAGACCUCGUGGCAGCAGAAAUCACAACAUCUACAAUCGAUCAGCCCCUCUUGGUCAAACAAAUCAACAGCCACCAGAAGCAACAAGAUCAUCACAAAGACUGAGAAGAGCAAGAGAAUCCCACUUCACACUGCAAUCUACGGAUACAGUAAAAGGAAGAGAUCAAUGGGAUGCAUCAGCAGAUGAUUUAGGCAAUCCACACCAAAAGACACUUCCACCAGUUCCAAAGAAUUACAGUGAAGCGAUCAAACACCAAUACAGUCACAAAUGGAUUGCUGCAAUGAAUAUUGAGAACAGAUCACUAUGGCAAAUGGGCACGUUUGAAAUGAUUGAUCUUGGCAAUAUUGAUCAAGACACUCAGCGAAUUAUCCCAUUGAAGUGGGUAUUCACAUAUAAGGGCAGCAAAGGAUAUCUCAAGAAGUUCAAAGCGAGGAUCUGUGUUCGAGGAGAUCUCCAACCGACAAAUGAACUAGAGACCUAUGCCUCAACGCUUGCUGGUAUAUCGCUGCGAAGUCUCAUGGCAAUUGUGGCGAGAUUUGACUUAGAGACUCUUCAAUUGGACGCAGUCAACGCAUUUACACAUGCCACAAUUGAUGAGGAAGUCUAUGUUUGGUUUCCUCCAGGAUUCAGACAAGAGGGAUACUGUCUUGCCCUGCGAAAAGCACUAUAUGGAUUGAGACGAAGCCCACUGCUAUGGCAAAAGAAUCUGGAGAGAUCAUUCAAGAAGCUUGGCCUUAUCCCACUCCAAGAAGAUGACUGUAUCUACACCAAUCAAUACUUCAUAGUAUUCCACUUUGUGGACGAUAUUGGGGUUAUAUACCAUAAAAAGCAUGAAACCAAAGUAAAAGAAGCAGUUCAACAACUCAAAAAGGAGUAUGAAAUGAAAGAUAUGGGAGAAUUGAGUAUCUUCCUAGGAGUCAGAAUAAUAAGAGAACGAAAAACCCGUCAACUAUGGAUGAGUCUCGACAACUAUAUAUCUAAGGUCACUGAAGAAUUCAAGAUCAGAACCUCAACCAAGCGACGCCAAACACCUAUGGCAAUAGAUAACCUGGUCCCAAGUCCUGGUCAGGCUACGCCAGAGGAAAUCAACUACUAUCAACGGAAGGUUGGAUCAAUCAACUAUGCUGGAGUGAUUGGCAGACCAGAUAUAGCUCGAACAAGCUCGAGACUAGCAGAAUUCCUAUCAAAUCCAUCUUCUGAACACCAGAAAGCAGCAUAUGAAUGCUUACAAUAUCUUGAGGACAACAAAUACCUCGCUAUCGAGUUCAACUGCAAAGGGAAAGGAGUCCUCUACUGCGCCUCAGACGCUUCAUUCGCUGAUGACUCUGUCACUCGAAAAAGCACUCAAGGAUAUGUGAUGAUGCUAUUCGGAGGUCCAAUUCAUUGGAAAGCAGUCAAACAACGAAGAGUAGUCACUUCAAGCACAGAAGCUGAGCUUGCUGCUUUGACAGCAGCCACAAGAGAAUAUAUGGCAACCAUUCGACUCAUGGAACAAUUGAAUCUCCAAUUAGAUGAUAAAUACAUCAUGCAAUGCGACAAUAAGCAAACUCUUCGACUGUUGAUUGCUGAAAGACCCCAAGCGACUAGCAAAUUACGCCAUAUCAAUAUCAACAACUUAUGGCUUCGCCAGGAAUUACAGAAGGGAUCAAUUGACUUUCAAUGGGUUCCAACCAACGAAAUGGUGGCAGACGGUAUGACUAAAGCAAUGCCAGCCCAAAAACACAACCACUUUAUCGCCCAAUUGGGUAUGGCGAAUAUUGAACAUUUGAUCGAGAAGAACGCAGUAUGA